GGUUUUGUAAAUUUAAUUGUGUCUACGCCACUGGGUGUCUUGCAUGCUGUGAUGUAAUGAAAUGUGUAUGAAGUCUCUGAUUGUCUCUGAUCUGCUCUGAUCCUCGUGGUUUAUUUGACAGAUUAAACUUAAUAUGAUGGAGAUUAACAAUGAUACUGGAAGCCAUGAAAAAGAUAUGCCUGUCACGCUGGGAACUACUGUUGACGUUGAGCAAAAUUUACUUAAGGCAAUCGCCCUUCCUGAGGCUACGGUUUUAGAAGCUGCUGCUAAGCAUAUCACCGAGCUCGCCAAAUGUAAAUUGAGCGUGUCCAAUGAUGAUAAUGUCAAAGAGAACAACUCUGGAGAAAGUGAGUUACAAAAACAGGUCCGGUUGGGAGAAAUUACACCAUUCCAAGCUGCAAAGGAAUCUGCUAAACGCAACACUACUGGAACCUUCAAUAAAACAACACAGCUAUUGGAUCUUGAGAAGUAUUUGUAUCAACAGGCAGAAUUAGCCAAGAAGAGGUGUCAGUUGAAGAAAUCAAUAAAGUCAAAGUUCAAUGCAACCCAAACGGCAGAUGAAGUAAUACCUAAUAAAAAACGACGUUUGGAACGUAUUAGUUCAGAGUCACGCACUUCGAAAAAGCAUGUUCCUAGAAAAAGAGAGACUUUGGAAACAAAAAUGCUUGACCCAUCUGGUGAUGACGGUUACAUUGAAAAUGGGAUAGAUGAUAAACGUUAUUCCGACGAGAGCGUAAAGAAUAAUGAAUUAUCCGUAACUCUGGAUGGAUCCAAAGAUAACACUGGUAGUGAAAGAAUUACGAAAGCAGGUACAGGAUCCCUUGAUGUAAUAGAAUCUCCAAAUGAUUCCGGAAGCGAAUAUAUUCCAAGCGAUGAUCAUAGAGAUUCAGAGGAUGAGAAUAGGAAGACAUCAUCCACGAAGAAGGAUACUUCAACAAAAUCCAAAAAGACACGUAUAAAGAGAAUUCUGGAUGAUGGGGACGAGGAUACGUACAGACACAGAGUGGAAAGUAGUAGCUGUUUAAAAACUGAAUCCUUCCAUCCUAUAGAUAAUUUAUUCAAAGUUCCAAAUUCCGUAUGGAAGAGACUGUAUAAGUAUCAAAGAGUGUCUGUUCAAUGGCUGUGGGAAUUGCAUGGUCGAAAUUUAGGUGGUUUACUUGGAGAUGAGAUGGGUCUAGGAAAAACUGUACAAGUAAUCGCCUUUCUGGCAGGUCUUGACUGUAGCGAAUUACUGAGUGAUGGUGGAAGGUUUCGUGGACUGGGACCAACUUUAAUCAUUUGUCCAGCAACCUUACUGGAACAAUGGGUCAAACAUUUUCAUGAUUGGUGGCCAACCUUGAGAGUUGCGACUUUACACCAAUCUGGAACUUAUCAAGGUGAUCCGUAUUACUUAGUAGAUCGCCUUAAAGGUGGUGGAGUGCUCGUUACUUCGUAUUCAGGAGUCCUUGGACACAAGGAUCUCCUAGUCAAUACAAACUGGCAUUAUGUGAUCCUUGACGAAGGACAUAAAAUAAGAAAUCCUCAUGCUAAAGUGAGUAAAGCAGUCAAAGAAUUCUCAACACCACAUCGUCUUCUUCUAACAGGCAGUCCAUUGCAAAAUUCCUUAAAAGAAUUGUGGUCUCUCUUUGAUUUUAUAUUACCUGGAAAACUUGGUACCUUACCUACUUUUCUUGAACAUUUUGCAAAUCCCAUAACACGUGGUGGUUACACAAACGCGAGUCCCCUUCAGGAAGCUACGGCUCUCCAGGUAGCAACUCUACUGAAGGAUGCCAUCACUCCCUAUAUGUUAAGAAGAACUAAGACAGAUGUAAAGCAUCAUGUUAGUCUGCCCGAGAAGAACGAGCAAGUACUAUUCUGUAGUCUUACAGAUGAACAGCGUAAACUGUAUAAAAAUCAUUUAAGAUCUGAUGACGUGUCCUACGUUUUACAUGAAAAAAGUCAAGUCGGCGAUACAGGAAGAUAUCGUGCAAGACUGCUAGUAGCCUUGACUGCCCUUAGAAAAAUAUGUAAUCAUCCUGACCUGUAUAUCUAUGGAAAUCAAACGGAUAGCAGUGACGAAGAAGAGAUAACGGACCAGACUAUAGAAAAAUUUGGUUACUGGAAACGUGCUGGAAAAAUGGCUGUGGUACGAUCCUUGCUUAAAAUUUGGAAAAAGCAAGGACACAGAGUUCUCCUAUUUACACAAAGUCGACAAAUGAUGCAUAUACUGGAAGGAUUGAUCCAGCAUGAAGGAUAUUCUUAUUUGAGAAUGGAUGGCACCACUCCAAUGUCGCAACGACAACAGACAAUAACAAAAUUCAAUGAGAAUCCUUCCUAUUUUGUAUUUGUACUUACUACAAGAGUCGGUGGUUUAGGGGUAAAUUUAACAGGUGCUAAUCGGGUAAUUAUCUAUGAUCCUGAUUGGAAUCCAGCUACAGAUGCGCAAGCAAGAGAACGAGCCUGGAGAAUUGGCCAAAAUAAAAGAGUCACUGUGUAUAGACUCGUAACGGCUGGUACAAUCGAAGAGAAAAUGUAUCACAGACAGAUUUUUAAGUUAUUACUAUCAAAUAAGGUCCUAGAAGAUCCACGCCAGCGUAGACUGUUUCGAACGUCAGACCUUGCUGAAUUAUUUGAUCUGAAUGAACCAGGAAAAGAUGGAUCGAUAGAAUCAGAAAGACUAUUUCAGGGCUCGAAAUUAGUACCAGGAAAAAUGAAUUUCUCAUCCGCGAAAGUCGAGGAGAUGCGACGGCUAGCGUCUAGUUUAAGUAAAAAAAUUAGCAAGCAGGUAGCAAGUACUAAGAAUCAAUUAGAAAAAUCAGCUGGUAAUGGAGAUCAGAAUGACGAUGAAAAAACUAUCUGUACAGUAAAUGCAUCGGAAACUGAAGAUGGGAAUAGAGAGAAACUAGAAGUCAUGCAGAACCAAAAAUGUAACAUUGCAACUCAAGAAGAGACUGCUCCAACAGAAAUAAUCUCUGUGAAAGAUACCAAUCAAAAUGAAUCAAUGAAUGAGGCAGAAAUUUCUAUAGAAGCUACAAAGACUGAGGAAAGUCUUAUGAUGGAUGAACAGACUCUUUUAUUAUCUACUGCCAAAAUUGCAAUUGAAAAUCAUUCAGAAACACCAAACGAUGUUUCAUCUUGCGACAAAAAGCACAUUAGCAUUUCACAAGAGAACGAUGGCCGGACUAAGCAUCGCAAAAUGCAAAAGACAAAACAAAAAUAUUCCCAUAGAAAAAAAGAACAGGUCUCUGCCAUUUUCGAGGGAGAACGUGUACCUUGUUUACUAGGUCGUCGACUAGGAAAUUCCUCGAUGGAUGAACUAACAGCAAUGGCGGAUGAUCACUAUGUACUACGUAAACUGUUCGCCAAAUCAAAAGUAAGCACUGCUUUUCAACACGAAACUGUUCUCUCAGCUGCCGGAUUUAACGUUGAGCAAAACAAUCCCAUGCAACGUCUAGCAAGACAAGCUGCCGAGGAGAGUAUGGAAUUCAUACGUCAAUCGCGUAAAUGGUGCUGGAAACCAUCCUGGGACAAACCACCAGAUGAAUAAUCAUAUUAUAUUACUUGGCAUGUUAUAUGCGCGCAUGUAAAUAAAGUAUUUUUUUUUCUUUUUCUGGAAAAAUAAAUUUUGCAAAACGAUACUGCACAGCAA